UACGGCAUGGAGAGGUCAUUUUGACAACCGGUUAAGGUUGGUUGGAGAACAAGAAGAAUUACUUUAGACUACGUAGUCAUCUUUGAGAGUGGCGGUUAGGUUUAUGCAGUUCAUUAUUUAGACUACAAUCUUUGCCCUUCACGCUUGAUCAGUCAAAGAACGAAUUCCGAAAAUUAUAUUUUUCAGGAUUUCACUAAUCCACAGUACAAAGAAAGCUAAAGCAACCAAUGGCGAAAACGGUGCACCUAGCACCCACGCGGGGUUUCACUAUUGUUUUAUUGUUAAUACUUUCCCGACCAACAUUUGGUGAGUUAAAACUUAAGGUGCUAACCAGAAAACGCCAAUCGGUCUUCCCCGUUGGAAUUGGGGUAAAAUUUGUUCCAGUUUCUAAUAGUAUCUAAUUUAAAGCUGGAUCCAAUUUU